AACGUCCCAAAUGUGUCUUGAACUCACCUUUACAUUAUUUGUUUGUGUAAAAUUAUUUUUCGAUUUAAAACAAUUUAAAAGCAAAAUUAUGUUAAAAUAACACAAAAAAAUGACUGAAUUUUUAAAAGAACCUAUAUUAUUUGCAGGUGAAAUUGAUGAAGAUAUUAAUCUCUCGUUACCUGCAACUUCAGCCGAAGAAUACAUCAAUCAAGUAAUAGUUGAAGCACGAAGAUGUGAAAGUGUUGUUGUGUCUGAAAUCGAUGAGACAAAAUUGAAGAAACCGACAGUAAAUAUAAAAACAUUAGCAGGAUGUACUGAAGCUCCGGCAUUCUUAGGACCGUCAUUAGAAUGGCAAAAAUGUCAAGUAGAUGAUUUUUCAAAAAUCAGACUUUAUAUCGCAAGGAUAAGAGACGAAAUUCAGACUUGUAAACGAAAAUGGAAACCUCCAGCAAUGAAAUUGCCGAAUGUUGGAGAAGAAAAAGAAUGGAUUAAAUUUCUAUGUGAUAAUAAUGAUGAAGGACGUGAAAUUCUUUUGCCAACUUUAAAUGUUGUCCUAGCAAUAAAUCAACCAACAAUUGAAAAUGUUUUGGAAUAUCUUGUUGAUUUAGUUGUCGAAGAAAAAAUAAUUCAAUUUAAUGUUGGACGAUGGAUUUAUGUUUUUCUAGUUGCUCUCGAAUUACCAGUGAAUCCCGAUAUAUGUUCUUGUUUACGUUCCCUAGCUAGAAUUUGUUCUAUAAUUAGAGCAAAUAAGAAAACGCCCGAUGAGUCUGAAGUGAAUACUUUAAAUUUAAUGAUUUGUUUGGUGGCAAGAUAUUUUCGACAAUUGGAUUUAGCAGAUCAGUGAUUUAUUUAUUGUCGUGUAAAAGCUUAUGUUAUUUCUAUUUUGUACAAUAAAAUAUAAAUCUAUUUCUA